AUGAGCAAUCAAAGUGACUCUAGGCUGCAGAGCAGCGAAUGGCACAAGUUCUCACCGGCUUAAGCCGCUGGAGCUUCUCAGGUGCAAAUGGAAAAAAUAAACAAAUAAACAAACAACCGCGAGGACAGAAAAAAAAAGCCAAAAAAAAAAAAAAAAAAGAGCAAGAGGAAGAGCUGAGGCGGCAGGAGCGCGGUUAGAGCUGCUCGGCUCCGGAGAGGAGAGAGCGAAAGAGAAAGAGGCGCUGGGGAGAGGUGAUCAAAGAAGAGAAACAUCUGCAAAAGAGCGGAAGAUACUGAGGGGAUCUCACUUCGUAGAGAUUUUUUUUCCCUGAGUUUGUUUGUUUUCUUUUUUUUUCCUUUUUUAUUAUAUUCUUUUUUCCCCCUUUUUUCUCUCUCUUUUUUUUUUUUUUUUUUUUUUUGGAAUCGAUCGUUUAUCACCAUACCCCCCCCCUCCCUCCACUUUAAAACAAACCUAACCAGAAACAUCCCCAAACUCGCCGAGCACUUUCCCCCCCCCACCCCCCCGCAUCACUCCAGCACCGUCUCCCCCUCCUAUCUCAAGCCCUCCGCGCCUUGCUGAGGAGGAGGAGGAGGAGGAGGAAGAGCAGCGGCGGAGCAGCGAGCGCGGAAGAUGGAGGUCUCCACGGACCAGCCGCGGUGGGUGAGCCACCACCACCCGGCCGUGCUCAAUGGGCAGCACCCGGACUCGCAUCACCCCACGCUUGGCCAUACCUACAUGGACCCCACGCAGUAUCCUCUCGCCGAGGAAGUGGAUGUACUUUUUAAUAUCGACGGACAAGGCAACCCCGUCCCUCCGUAUUACGGCAACUCCGUGAGAGCCACCGUGCAGAGAUACCCCACGGCCCACCACGGGAGCCAGGUGUGCCGGCCCCCGCUGCUGCACGGCUCGCUGCCCUGGCUGGACGGGAGCAAGGCGCUGAGCAGCCAUCACAGCGCUUCUCCUUGGAACCUCAGCCCUUUCUCCAAGACCUCCAUCCACCACAGCUCACCGGGACCCCUUUCCGUCUACCCACCCGCCUCCUCUUCCACUUUAUCCGCCGGCCACUCCAGCCCGCACCUUUUCACCUUCCCACCGACCCCUCCUAAAGAUGUAUCCCCGGAUCCGUCCAUCUCCACCCCCGGCUCCACCGGUUCCACCCGGCAAGACGAGAAGGAAUGCAUCAAAUACCAGGUGUCCCUGGCCGAUACCAUGAAGCUGGAGUCCUCUCACUCUCGGAGCAGCAUGGCCUCUUUAGGAGGAGCCACCUCCUCCGCUCAUCACCCCAUCACUACCUACCCACCGUAUGUCCCAGAAUAUGGCUCUGGACUUUUUCCCCCCAGUAGCCUCUUAGGAGGAUCGCCUACCGGCUUCGGGUGUAAAUCGCGACCGAAAGCACGGUCAAGCACAGAAGGCAGGGAGUGUGUAAAUUGUGGGGCUACCUCAACCCCUCUGUGGAGAAGAGAUGGCACCGGGCACUAUUUGUGUAACGCCUGUGGACUCUAUCACAAAAUGAACGGGCAGAACCGGCCCCUGAUCAAACCCAAGAGAAGGCUGUCUGCAGCCAGGAGGGCGGGCACGUCCUGCGCGAACUGUCAGACCACCACUACCACCCUGUGGAGGAGAAAUGCCAACGGCGAUCCCGUCUGUAACGCCUGCGGGCUCUACUACAAACUGCACAAUAUUAACAGACCCCUGACUAUGAAGAAAGAAGGAAUUCAGACCAGAAACCGAAAAAUGUCUAGCAAAUCCAAAAAGUGCAAAAAGGUCCAUGACAACCUUGAAGACUUUCCCAAGAGCAGCUCCUUUAACCCCGCCGCCCUCUCCAGACACAUGUCCUCCAUCAGCCACAUUUCACCUUUCAGUCACUCCAGCCACAUGCUGACUACACCGACACCGAUGCAUCCUCCAUCCAGCCUCUCCUUCGGACCUCACCAUCCUUCCAGUAUGGUCACUGCCAUGGGUUAGCGAGAGACUCCCCUGCUGAAUGCUUACGGUCUCAAAAUGAGAUUUACUUUAUAUACUUGCAUUUUUGCAGGCGUGUGGUUAUGGGUCUGACGUCCCGAAUCAAAUGGGAGGGGGAAAAAAACGAAUUAAAAAAAAAAAAAGUUAUCUGAAGGCGUAAGAGAGAAAAAAAUAAAAAAAAAAAAACCCAGAAAAAAACUACAAAAAGCACAAAAAAGGAAAAAAAAAAGAAAAAAAAGAGAAAAAAGUUAAAAAAAAGGUUUUAAAAAAGUGAUGUUUGCCACUUUUUAAAGGAACUCACUAUGGCGUCUAUGUAUUCUUACCCACUGAAUCUGGAUACCAUUUGUGAAUAAGCCAUUCAGAACUUGCAUUCCCUAUUGGACAGGAUCUCUAGUGCUGUGAAAAAAAUAAAAUAAAAUAAAAUAAAAACCGCUGAACAUUGCAUAUAACUUAUAUUGUAAGAAAUACUGUACAUUUGAGGAAGACUUUAUUGCAUCUGGGGAGCUGUAAAGAAAAAGGCAUGAAGGACUCCGAGAGAUUUUUUUUUAAAGGAAAAGAAAAAAAAAAAGAGGACGGGAGGACAAUUUAAAAACCAGAAAAACAAACAAUGCAGACCAAGAGGAAACGCGGUCUU